AUGCCGUACCGAGCAAGCAUUCUGUAUUCAAACGAAGAUGAUACGAAAUUCGACAUGAAAUACUAUCUUUCCAACCACAUGCCGAGGGUCCAAGAAGGCUUCAAGUCGUUCGGCCUCUUGAAGUGGGCGGUGACACAAUACGAGGCGGGACCGGACGGAACUCAGCCUCCUUAUGUCGUGCAGACACUUUUGGUGUUUGACAAUGCCGACCAGUGCGACAAGGCUCUAUCUUCGCCAGUGGGACAAGAGUUGAUUGCGGACGUGGUGAACUUCAGCAACAAGUCUCCCAUCAUUCUCGGUGGUGAUGUUGUG